UUUUCAAAUUAUUGAAUGUUGAGCAGUUUUGAAAUUCCUUGAAGGCUGUUCGCAAUUAAGGUCAUCGUUCGCGAUAAAAUGUGUAUUUCACAUCUGUAGUUCACACUAGUUCUUACAGGGAAGAAACCCCAUUGAUAAUAGAAAUCACAAAAAAAUAUUUUUUAUGGUCCUUUCAGAACUGAUCUAUGUAAAUUGUGAUGACAAGUAAUCACGACACUUCCAGUAAUCACUAUGUGGAUUCAAUUUGUAUCGGUGUUUCAAAAAUUUUGGACCAUAAUAAUUCUGACGACGAGGCUUCUGCAGACCCUAUCUCCUACCCUUCUGUUUCAAAUGAUAUUGACUGUGACACUUAUUUCCCAGUCGAUGAAUCGUCUCACAUCAAUAGAGUCCUUGAUGUUAACCCAAAAUCUGUUGUUAAAGAUACCAAACACGGAAUACGUUUGAGUAAUUGGAGACGUGGUUCAGACUUCAGUAAAAAGGCUGUUUUUGUUCAACCCCAUGAUGGAAAGCUGUUUAAGGUAGUUCCGAAGCAUAGUAUGAAGAAAACUAAACCACCAGACAUUAGCAAGGAAGUUACACAAUGUCGGGAGUCUCAUAGUGAAUAUCUCGAUUUUUCCAAUAUGAAUCUUCAACAGAUCCCAAGUGGAAUUUUUAAAGAUCUAUCUUUUAUAAAGGAUCUCUUUCUUUAUGGCAAUAAGUUGACUGCGCUACCAAGCAGUAUCAGCCAUCUCACAAAUCUGAGACGGUUACUGUUACAACAGAAUUGGCUGACAGCAACUGGUAUACCAAGUGAAAUAACAAAACUCACUAAUUUGGAACAAUUGGAUUUGCGCUACAACCGUUUGGAUGGUCCAUUACCCACUUGUAUAUGUGGUCUGCAUAAUUUGGAACAUUUACUUCUUACAUAUAAUAAAUUAACUCAUAUUGUAGACGAAAUAAAGUAUUUAAAGCACUUAUCUGUAUUGGUUGUCAGUCGGAAUCUGAUUCGACAGGAAUUACCUAGUUCUAUUGGUGAACUGACUAAGUUGGUGAAGUUAGAUUUGUCUUUUAAUCAUAUCACCUUCUUGCCUGAUAGUAUUGGACAGUGUACAUCAUUACGUGAUCUUAAUCUCCAACACAAUCAGUUGACGAGGCUUCCCGAUAGUAUAGGCAAUUUAGUAAACUUAUGUAGAUUAUCUAUCAAAUAUAAUCAACUAGUAGAAAUACCUGCAAGUUUGGCUAACUGUGUAAAACUCGAUGAAUUCAAUGUAGAAAACAAUCAGUUAUCUUCUCUUCCUCAUAAUCUCUUAGCACAUCUACACAACUUGUUGAAUAUUACUUUGUCACGAAAUUAUUUUACAAAUUUCCCCUCCGGUGAUCCACAACAGUUCCAGAAAUGUUAUUCAAUUAAUAUGGAUCAUAAUCAAAUUACAAACAUUCCAAAAUCUAUGUUCAGUUUAUCUUCGAAUUUGACUAAGUUGAAUUUACGUGAUAAUACACUGGAUGGUUUAAUUGGACCAGAUUUGUAUGAAUUGAAAACACUAGUUGAAUUGGAUUUGGGCUCUAAUCAUUUAACAGAACUACCAACAGAGAUCAAUAUGCUUAUUGCUCUUGAAGUAUUACGAUUAAACUAUAAUCAGUUAACUUCUCUACCCGAUGAAAUUACACACUUGUCAAAAUUACGUAUUCUGGAUGUGGAGUCGAAUCUGUUGGAAUCCCUUCCUAAUGACCUAUCUGGUUUAACAUCAUUACAAGAACUGAAUAUACUCUGUAAUCGAUUGAAAACGUUUCCAACCAGCAUAGGACAACUUACUAAACUGAAAGUUAUCAUGGCCGGUGAGAAUGAUAUUAAUGAAAUCCCAGUUGAAAUAGGCAGUGUCACAGCACUUCGUGAUUUACAUUUAAAUAAUAAUCCAAAUUUGAACAGCUUACCUGCUGAACUCUCACUAUGCAGCAAAUUAAUUAUACUAAACUUAGAAAGUUGUCCAUUACGCGCUUUACCUGAACCGAUUGUUCAAGGAGGUUCUGCUAUGAUUAUUUAUUUUCUGCAACAAGUGCUACAAUUGCGACGGCAACAGAAUAUGCUCCAAUAAUGUUAUGAUGUCCUAAUGCUUCCUAUCUAUUUUGUACCUGUCUCUGUCAAUUCGCUUUGCACUUAUGCCUAGGUGCCUUAACCCUCAUUUAGUUACAGGAAGAUAAUUGGUCAUCGAAGAAGUUUAAAUGGACUUAUGCAUAAAUUAUUCAUACAGUAUGUCUCAGGCUAAUGUGAAAUUGUUACCUGAUAGUUUUGUUGUUUUGUUUGUUUGUUUUUUUUUUUACAAGAGAAGAUAAUCAUUAUGAAAAUUGUACACGACACGCAUAUAUCUUUACAUCACUACGUAGUUUUUCCAUCAUUCUUUCUUGAUCCUGUUUUUUUCUGAAUAUUUACUGGAAAUCGUUAUGUGUAUAUAUACCUAUUUAUAUGUGGUGAACGUAUCACAUGAAGGUAUAGUGUAUUAUGUUAGAUUAUUUUUCAUUUCUUUAUGUACCUUUUUAUUUGAAGUAAUUAAUAUUAUAUGCUUCAUUAUCAUUACAUCUAAGUGAAUUAUGUUCUUAUGAUCAUUCAUAUAAUUUUUUUUUCCAUUCUUUUAUAGAACGUUUAUUUUUCUGAAAAGGGGAGGUAUUAGUUUCAGUAUUCCCCUUGAAAUAUGGCGUUUUAGUUAAUCAAACUUCUGUUCAGUCUUUUUAUUUUGUUUCUUUCAGCGUUUUUGUUUAAAGUUUCUUUGUUUCUUUUUCUUUUUUUGUGUGUGGUCAGUUCAGUUUUGCCUUGUUUUAUAUAUAUAUAUAUAUAUAUAU